AUGACAACCCGAUACCAAGUCACCGAACCUCACCCUCACGUCGCCACAUCCUCGUUCAUCCAUUCCGGCCGCGGCGGAGCAGGAAACACAUUCAAAGCCCCCAAGACCACCAACGGCAGCAACGCCCGAGGCCCCGCCUCCCUCUUCACCCUCGGUCUUCCCCAAACCUCAUCUAAAUUCAGCAGCGGCCGUGGCGGCGCCGGCAACAUUCUCCCCACCUCCAAAAAAGCACCUUUCUCCUUCGACGAAGAACUCGAACGUCAGAGCACCCGCGAAAAGAAGAUGAGCGAAGGAGGCAUGUGGCACGUUGGACGAGGCGGCGCCGGAAACUAUACCAGCGGACGACCAGCCAGCGAACGCAAGAGCUCGACCAGCUCCGAGGAUAGCAAUGGGAGCAUUCGAAGUGCGCGGAGUGGAGGAUUUCUCGAGCGCUGGACUUCGAGAAAUUCGACGAGAACGGCGUAG